GGAGGCAAGGGGCAGCAGCCGCGCCGAGCCCUAUUGAAAAUGAAACCAACUGCGAAGGGCCAGCCGGCCGACCUCCUGGGCGCACCCAGCGUGAGGCAAGCUCUCGCCUCCCCGACUCCACUGUGGUCCUACCCCUGCGGGAAAUAGGACCCCCGAUGAAACGGGCAACCCCCGACUCCAGUAUUGGCCCUUCUCUACCAGCGACCUUUAUAAUUGGAAAACCCAAAAUGCUCGGUUUUCUGAUAACCCUAAAGAUCUCAUAGCCCUCCUAGAGGGCAUAAUGUUCACCCACCAACCUACCUGGGAUGACUGCCAACAGCUUUUGCGAAUCCUGUUCACCACGGAUUCAACUUGAAGCGCGGAAGCUGGUUCCCGGGGAAGAUGGUCGACCCACUGUUAACCCUGACCUCAUUAAUGCAGCAUUUCCCCUGACUCGGCCUGAUUGGGACUACAACGCAGCAGAAGCCUGCCUUUGGCCCCCAAGAGCCAAGACAUCUUUGCGUUCGAAUGGGCGGACCCGGAAAGAGGCAUAAAUGGACAACUCACCUGGACCCGACUUCCACAAGGAUUUAAAAAUUCCCCCACCCUAUUUGAUGAAGCCCUCCACGAAGAUUUAAGUAAGUACCGGAAAUUAAACCCAAAUGUGUCUCUCCUACAAUAUGUAGAUGACCUCCUUAUUGCAGCUGAGACCUGAGAAGCCUGUCUCGUGGGGACGAAAAACCUCCUACAGACGCUGGGGAACCUAGGGUACUGCGCAUCCGCUAAGAAGGCCCAAAUCUGCAAACCUGAGGUAAUAUAUCUGGGGUACCUGCUAAAAAAAGGACAAAGAUGGCUUACUGAUGCCCGGAAAGAGACUGUCCUCCGCAUUCAGCGACCCAUCACACCUCGACAGGUGAGAGAAUUCCUGCGGUCUGUGGGAUUCUGCCGGUUAUGGAUCCCAGGUUUUGCUGAAAUGGCCAAACCCCUUUAUGCAGUCUCUAAAAACCAACCAUCAUUUGAAUGGUCUGCGGAAGCUGAGCAGGCAUUUCAACAGAUAAAGAGAGCCUUCCUAUCGGCCCCAGCUCUAGGACUGCCCGAUAUCUCUAAGCCUUUCCACUUAUAUGUGGACAAACAUAAAGGCAUAGCCAAGGCAGUGCUAACCCAGCAUCUAGGUCCAUGGCCCAGACCAGUGGCCUACCUCUCAAAAAAACUGGACCCUGUAGCCGCAGGAUGGCCCCCUUGUCUCUGGAUAAUAGCGGCUACAGCCCUAAUGGUUAAAGAUGCCGAUAAGCUGUCCCUAGGCCAAGAGUUACAUGUCACCACACCCCACGACAUCGAAGGAGUGCUCAAGCAGCCCCCCGAUAGGUGGAUGAGCAAUGCCCGGAUGGUCCACUAUCAGGGACUCCUGUUAGAUCCCUUGUGGAUCACAUACACCCCUCCCCGAACUCUAAACCCGGCCUUGCUGCUACCUGACCCUGACCUGGACUCCCCGCUCCAUGACUGCGCCGACAUCCUAGCUCAGAUCCGUGGAAUAAGGGAAGAUCUACAGGACCGGCCUUUACCGGAUGCUGAGGUCACCUGGUUCACUGAUGGAAGCAGCUUCGUCCAUCAAGGACAGAGGUAUGCAGGGGCAGCAGUGACAUCUGAGACUGAAGUAAUAUGGGCAGAGGCUCUGCCCCCAGGGACUUCUGCCCAAAGGGCAGAACUGAUUGCCUUGAAAAAGCAUUAAAAAUGGGGCAGGACCACAAAGUGACUGUAUAUACAGACAGCCGGUAUGCCUUUGCCACAGCCCAUAUACAUGGACAAUAUACCGUGAGAGGGGACUACUCACUGCUGAAGGCAAAGAUAUCAAAAAUAGAGAGGAAAUUCUGGUCCUAUUGGUCGCUAUUUGGGCCCCUAAGAAACUGGCCAUAGUACAUUGCCCGGGUCACCAAAAAAUAACUGAUCCAAUCUCUCCAGGAAAUAACCUAGCUGACCAAACUGCACGCCAGGUAGCACAAAAACCCAUCCCAGUAUUACCUGCGCAGCUACCAGACCCAGGGCCCCGAGAUUUACCCCCACAGCCUGAAUACUCAGAAGAUGAUCUUAUCUGGAUACGCAGGCUCCCAAUGACCCGAGUUACAGAUGGAUGGUGGCGGGACUCCAGAGACCGCCUUAUCCUUCCCGAAAAAUUGGGCCACACAAUCCUGACAAAAAUACACCACUCUACCCACUUGGGGCCCCGAAGGCUUCAAGAUCUCAUCAGACAAUCCAAACUAGUGUUAAGAAACAUCUCUGACCAGACAGAAAGAGUUGUGACAGCCUGUUCUGCAUGUCGACUCCAGAAUGUGCACCCACACAUCACAGUCCAAGGCCACCGUAAAAGAGGAACCCUACAGGGAGCCCACUGGGAAGUGGACUUCACCGAGGGCUCUACAGAGAGUUCAUGAGGCCGUGUGGCCUAAACUAAGAGAACUGUAUGAGACGGGGCCCCCACCCACUCCCCAUCAGUAUCGUCCAGGAGACUGGAUCCUCGUCAAGCGACACCGGCAGGAGAACCUUGAACCCAGAUGGAAGGGACCUUACCAAAUCAUCCUGACAACUCCCACCGCCAUCAAGGUAGAUAACCUCCCUACCUGGAUUCACCACACCCACAUUAAGCCUGUGGACGACCCGCUGUCUGACCUCGUGGGACACAUUGAUAGAAAUACUACUUGGACUGUAGACCGGAGUAAGAAAAACCCCCUCAAACUAACCUUGCGCCGUGCCUCCCCCAGACAUGUUCCAGAUAGUGACCCUUGUCCUACUAGCCCUCAACCUCAAACUCCUGGAGGGAGGACUAAAUGCCCCCGUUGACAAACAGAGAUUGUUACAAGCUCUGUAUGGAAAGCCCUGUGAUUGCAGAGGUGGCGUAGUUAGCACCAUUGCCCUGCCACAUAGUAAAAGAAUAGUAGCUGGCUCUGUAGGAAGAGGGGGUCUACAGCGAAGCUACACUCAAACCCAAGACUGUGGGACCACAACCGCUUACUUAACCCAGACCUAUGACACCACCGGACUCCAACAACAGCAGUGGUUAUGUGUUAACAAACCCAAACCCCUGCCCCCUAUGACAAAAUGCCCUUGCUCCACUUUCCAAGAGUCGAUGCACAGCUCUUGUUAUGACUCCUAUCAACAAUGUAUAGGGCCAGAUAACUCCACCACCUACUUUACGGCCAUCCUACAAAGUAACAGGGCAGCAAUAGCCAGUGAUAACAAUAUGCAACUUCAAGCUGGCUGCUCUGGCUCAAUUGGAGCCGCCAUCUGCUGGAACCCCCGAGCCCCCAUACAUGUGUCUGACGGUGGAGGACCCCAAGACGCUGUUAGACAGAUUGAAACGCAAACGAGGCUUAAGGACCUCGCAGAACAUAUGUAUCCACAGCUUAAUUACCACCCCCUAGUUCUCCCUAGGCACAGCCCUUACGAGUUAGACCCUCAGACAAUGUCUAUCCUAGAAAUCACUUUCUCACUCUUAAACAUCUCUAACCCGACUCUAGCCCAAGAUUGUUGGCUUUGCCUACCCCAGCAAACUCCCCGACCCAUCGCCAUCCCCACUGAAGUUGAUAUCCACAUAACCAAUGACUGCUUUCCCUCUUCCCUACCUGACCCCUUCCCCGUUCAAUUCAUUAGCCCGUUCAAUGCCUCUUGCUUUAUAAAUAACCUUACCUCCCAGAAUAACAGCAUAGAUGUAGGGAUCAUAUCUCUUGCCCAAUGCCACCAAUACAUCACUAUCAACUCCCCCUUAUGUAGUACCAACACCACCGUUUUCGUCUGCGGAAAUAACCUAGCCUACACCUAUCUUCCCCACAAUUGGACUGGAGUAUGCAUCCUGGCCACUCUGCUACCAGAUAUCGACUUAGUCGCAGGAAAAACCCCCAUGCCCAUCCCUAGUCUGGACUUUGUAGCUGGCAGAUCCAAACGAGCUGUGGCUGUUAUCCCCCUCCUGGUAGGCCUAGGAAUUACAGGCGCAUUAACUACCAGGACAGCAGGAUUAGGAGUCUCCAUACACUCCUAUCUGCGACUCUCUCGUCAACUAAUUGACAAUGUCGAAGCCUUGUCAGGGACAAUCCAGGAUCUGCAAGAUCAGCUAGAUUCCCUAGCAGAAGUGGUGUUACAGAAUAGAAGAGGGUUGGAUCUGCUAACCGCAGAACAAGGCGGCAUCUGCUUAGCCCUACAAGAAAAAUGUUGCUUUUAUGCCAAUAAAUCAGGAAUAGUUCGGACCAAAAUCAAACAGCUCCAAGAGGACCUCGCACGCCGACGAAAAGAACUAGCCGAAAACCCACUGUGGUCAGGACUCCACGGGUUUCUCCCCUACCUUCUUCCCCUUUUGGCCCCCCUACUAUGCCUCCUCCUCCUUUUUACCCUUGGCUCUCUUAUGAUCAACAAAAUAAUAGACUUUAUCAGGGACAGACUAAACACCAUUCAGAUUAUGGUCCUUAGGCCACAGUAUCAGCCCCUAGACAUGGAAAGUGAGCUUGAUUAGGUAAUACUGUAGGACCCAAGAUUGGUUCCUCAGGUACUUGAGAAAGGGGGGGAAGGGGAGGCCUAGGCAAACUGAAACUUAACCAGCUUGUUCCGCUUCUAUACAAUUGCUUGGCGCACCCGCGUAUUCCUGACCAAUCGUUAAGAUACCCGUACCCCUAGUUGUGGUAUGAUCUAAAGGCGGGAACCAAUCCAAUUCUGCUAAGUGUUCAAAUUUAAAUAUCAACCAAUUGCAGCUCUGUAACUGUGAAAAAUCCCUGCUUUCCCCAUAACUUGUCUGUACCUGUCUAUAAAAGGGCUGUAAAAACUUCACUCGGGGCCUCUUAGCGUCACCGGCAACGAGUGCGCGGAGGACUGGGUUCGAACCUGCAAUAAACGACCCUUGCCGCUUG